AUGCCUCAGGUGAACCCCAACUCGUCGUCGGCUGCGGCGGACGAAGCCCUGCGCAACACGUUCCAGAUCGUCCAUGCCUUCUUGUCCGAACACGCUCCUAAUGCGGCGCAGCAGCUCGCUGCCACCCUGCCGGACUCUCCUGCGCCACCCAGGACGCUCGCUUCUGCGCUGAUCGACCACGUCCGUAACUCGCCAAGACGUUCGUGGCCCGGUCUUGUCGCUCCAGAGCCCUCGUCACCUACCCCGAUGGAUGAGGACAGCUCAGACUCGGAUUCGUCCAGCUCUGAUUCAGACAGCUCCGACUCUGACUCUGAUUCGGAUAGCAGCAGCAGCAGCAGUAGCAGUAGCAGUAGCAGCGGCAGUAGCAGCGACUCGGACGACUCUGAUAGCGACAGCGACAGUGACAGCGAUGACAGUGACGAUGAGCAAGACUCGGACGACGAAGAUGACAAGAAGCUCAAGGCUUCCAAGGACGACGAGCCUCACCAGGACACCGAAGCUGCCUCCUCCACCGUCGUCUCGGACUCGCAGGACGAGGCCGAGGCAGAGCUGCCUAGCAAGGGCGUUGCCACUCCUACGCGUGCAUCCUCUGCAGGCCCCUCGACUGCGGCUGCUACCAACAAGCGCAAGCGUGGGUCCUCCACCUCUUCUUCUGAAGCAUCGGACUCCGAUUCGAGCUCGGAUGACAGCGAUGGUAGUGACAGCAGCAGCAGCGAUGAUGGUGACGACAGCGACGACGAAUCCAGCGAUUCGGAUGACAGCGACAGCGACAGCGAUGAUGAUGACGAGGAGAAGGAAAACGCUACCCUCAAGAAGGUCGAGGUGGUCGUCAAGGAGACGGCUGCCGACGAUGGCUCGGACGAUUCGGACUCGGACUCCUCUGACUCCUCUGACUCCUCCGACUCCUCGGAUUCGGACUCGGACUCGGACUCGGAUUCCAAUUCCGAUGAAUCUUCGAGUGACGAGGAGAACGAGGCAACCGCCACGAAGGCUGCUGCUGCUGACGGCAACGAUGACGGUGACGACUCGUCCGAUAGCAGCAGUGACGACUCUUCUGACUCGAGUUCUGAGUCGGGCUCGGACUCGAAUUCCAGCAGCGGCAGCGGCAGCGACUCGUCCUCUUCUUCCGACUCGGAAUCCGACAGCGACAGUUCCUCUUCGUCCUCUUCUUCAUCGUCGAGCAGCUCGUCAUCGUCGUCGUCCAGCUCACCUUCUCCCAAAGGACCCCCAGCCAAGCGUCAAAAGGUCGCCUCGCCUGCUCCUGCUCCUGCGACCCCCACUCCUGCCCCGGUCGCAUCUACCUCAUCCUUCUCCCCCAGCACACCUUCGCAGCAGCCUGCACCUCACAGCGGCGGAAGGAACAACGCCUCGGCUACAAACACGCCCUUUCAACGCGUCAAAGCGGACAAGGUGACAUAUCUGCACGAAGGAAUGAAGGACAUGUCGUACGCAGGCAAAGCGGGUGUCUCGGGCGACGAGUACGGCGCACGCGCCAGUAAGGAUCUCAUCGUCACUCGUGGCAAAGGUUUCACCAAGGAGAAAAACAAGAAGAAGCGCGGCUCGUACAGGGGUGGCGCGAUCGAUGUGUACGGUUCCCACUCGAUCAAGUUUGAUGAUGACGACUGA